UGAUUGUUCAAUAUAAAAAUCAAAUUUCAAAUGAAACUUUAAAAGAAAUUCGAAAUUGUUCAAAUUUGUUGUUUGGGAAAAAAUUUCGAAAUUAUGGUGAAAAUCGUAGAGGAUAUCUUUGGCAUUGCAAUCAAUCCAUUCACCGAGAGGGCUCAGGUGGUGCGACGCUAUACGAUUAGCAAUUCGAAUCACUUGUCCGUGAAGAUCAUUCAGUUGGGCGCAACGAUACAGAGCAUCAGCUGCGUGGAUGCCUACCAUAAAGUGGAUGAUGUUGUCUUGGGCUUCAACGACGUGGCCGGCUAUGAGGCGAACCGCAGUCGACACUUCGGCUGCAUGCUCGGACGCGUAGCCGACUGUGUGGCCAAUGCGGAGUUCAUGAUGGAUAGGCGGAAGGUGAGGCUAGCGCGAAACUUAAACAAUCAUCAUGUCGAUGGCGGUUUCAUUGGCUUCGAUCGCAUCAUUUGGGACUUGCAUAUGAUACUGCCCGAUGGCAUUACGCUCAGUCAUAAGUCCGCAAACGAGCACGAGGGCUAUCCGGGCAAUCUAAUGGUGCUGCUCCAUUUCACGAUGGACGACGACAAUCGGUUCUACAUGCGGAUCGAGGCGCGCACCGAUCAGACGACGCCCGUCAAUAUCACCAAUCAUUGCUAUUUCAAUUUGGCCGGACAGAAGGCGGGCCGCAAGGGCAUACUGGAGCAUCGGCUGGUGAUAGCCGCAGAUGAUAUCAUUGAGACGAACGAGGACGCGCUGCCGACGGGCCGAUUCAAGCAAGUAAACGACACCGUUUACGAUAUGCGUGUGCCGGCCUUCAUUGGCGAUCGUUUGCGACAGUUCGAGAACAAAUCGUUGCCCGGGUUCGAUGUGUGCUAUGCCAUCGACAAGGAUUUCGAUGCGAAUAUCUUGCAUUUCGUUGGGCGUUUCCUGCAUCCCGAAUCGGGCCGCUAUAUGGAGAUACACAGCAAUCAGCCGGGCAUGCGCUUUGAGACAGCCAACAAGUUUCCAGACGAUAUGCGGGACGAGGAGCCCAUUAUGGGCAAAAACUGUGCUCGAUACUAUCAGUACUCCGGUUUUAGUGUGCAGCUGGAAAAGUUUCCCGAUACAAUGAAUAAUCUCGAUUUUCCCACUGCCUUCAUAAUGCCAAGUGAACUGUACUUUCAUGAGACCGUCUAUACGUUCGGUGUGCAGGAGUCGUGGAAAUGCUGCGCUACGCCCGAAGAACUCGAAGAACUUGGGCCUGAUCUCGUUCGAUAUACCUAGCAGCCAAAUCGAUUGUUUUUCUGGGUAGUUAUGGCUAAAUUUUCAAUUUGCAAUGUAUUUUACUAUAUCUUUAUGUAUCUUUAAUUAUGCUGUAUAUACGUAAUAUAUACAUAUUCAAUAAUCGAUAACAA